AUGCGCUGCGGGCGCUACAAGCAGAAAUCCUCGACGGCAUUAUCUUGUCGGAUCAGGGGACGGGGUUGGGUCAUUAAUAUGGAAAAGAUACAGGGCCCCAGCCAGGGUGUCAUUUUCCUCGGAGUACAAUGGACCUCCGGGCACAGAAGCAUACCCGAUGCCGCCAAAAAUAAAAUUUUAAAUUUUGCCGUCCCUUCGACUGACACACAGAGAUUCGCUGGGCUCCUGGGCUUUUGGCGGGAGCAGAUACCCCACUUGACCAUGCUUCUCCGGCCGCUCUAUAGGAUCUCCAGGAAAAAAUCCACAUUUCUUUGGGGGCCAGCGGAACAGGCUGCCUUUGAUACGGCGAAACUAGCGGUGAAACAAGCCAUGCCACUUACUUCCCGCCAGGGAGGUCUGCCUUUUGAGUUACAGCUCCCAGCGAGCGAGACGGUCGCCGAGUGGAGCCUCUGGCAGAAGACCCCAGGGCGUAGAGUCCCCCUCGGUUUCUGGACUAAGUCCCUACCUGAAGCGGCAGUGCGCUACAGCCCCUUCGAGCGCCAGCUGCUAGCCUGCUACCUGGCGCUCCUCACCACAGAACACCAAACAGGCACCGACCCUGUCGUCCUUCGCCCCCAUCUCCCCAUAAUGCGAUGGGUCAAGUCCCCCGAUUCUACCCACAAGGAGGGCCGUGCCCAGAGGUCUUCCAUUGUCAAGUGGAAGUGGUACACUGCGAACCAGGCUGAGCCCAAUCCUGAAGGGGUCAGCCGCCACCAUGAACAAGUAAUGGCUUUCCCCCAGUCCCAGGACCCUGCCCCGGACAUCCCCGAGGCACAAUCCUCCCCAGCAUGUUGGAGUCAACCCUUCGAUUCCCUCGACCCCGACAGCAAACUGCACGCCUGGUUCACAGACGGCUCCAGCCGCUGGAAAGGGGGUAAACAAUUUUGGAAAGCGGCAACAUUUCAUCCCGCCACAGGUAGAAUUUUAACCACCGAGGGAAAGGGGGAUUCUAGUCAACUUGUCGAGCUGGCGGCAGUAGACCUCACCCUUCAAAACACUACCGGACCAGUCCACAUCUAUACUGACUCCUGGACAUUAGCUAACGGCAUUGCAGUGUGGAUGGCCCGGUGGCAAGUCAUGAGGUGGGAAAUACACGGACGUUCCCUCUGGGGACAGCAUCACUGGCGUUUCAUUUGGGACCAGGUUACCCACAGAAAAAUUUCUGUCCACCAUGUGGAUGCCCAUACCCGGAAAGAUAAUGAAGAGGCAACGUUUAAAGCUGCUGUGGACCAGGCUGCCCAAGUAUCAUCUGCCACCACUUCCACCCCUGACACAGAACACAGUGCACUAGCUGCGUGGGCACACCGCAAAUGUGGCCACUUAGGGGCCGAUGGCACGCGGCGCUGGGCUGAGCAAUUCGGUGUCGCCUUGACACUCGAUCAAUGUAAAACAUCUGUAGAUAACUGCCCCAUCUGCCAGCAAGUCAAGCCACGGGACAGGCCGAUAGGACCACCGGGCCAUAUCCGUCGCGGCACGGGAGCGGGUCAAGUAUGGCAAAUCGACUAUAUUGGACCGCUCCCGCGACAGAAUAAGAAGCAGUAUGACCUCACGAUGGUGGACAUAUACUCGGGUGUCCUGGUGGCGGUGCCCUGUGAGAGGGCCGACCAGAACGGCACCAUCAGUGGAUUACAGCACCUCUCCUCUCACUAUGGGGUCCCAUGGGAGGUACAAUCCGAUCAGGGCUCACACUUUGCUGUGACCAAAGCCCAGACCUGGGCGGCUGAGGCGGGGAUCUCGUGGCUGUUCCAUAUACCCGACCACCCCAGGCAACGGGCUUAAUUGAAUGAAUGAACGGCCUGCUCAAGUAAAAAAUCCGCACUCUGACACCCUCUCGCACGCUGCAGGGGUGGCUAAGAGUCCUUCAGCAGGCCGUCGACCAGUUAAACACACGGCCCACUAGCCAAGGGGGAUCCCCACUGGCUCGUCACCUGGCACAGUCCCCA